CCGCGCCGACGCAGCUCGCCCGAUGCCCAAGAAAGAGAAGGCCAGCGAAGGCGCCAUCGUUGUCGCUGAGCAGGACGGCAAGCUGUCAAAGAAGGAUGCCAAGACGCUCGAGGACCGCGAGAUGAACGAGAUGAUGGCUGCGAUGGGCCUUCAAAAGCCAAAGCACGUCGGCACCGCGACGGUCAACGGCCUCGGCCUCGCCGCCGGCGGGAUCGCCGCCGGGGCCGUCUCGCUGGUUGCGCUGCCGUACGCCGGCGCCAAAAAGUCCGGCGUCCGAGGCUUUCUCGGUGGCGCUGUCGGCGGGCUCGCGGCGGCCGCUGCACUGCCGGUGGCCGGCGCGCUGGCGGGGGCGACGCAGGUGGUACGCGGCGCGGCGCAGACGCCGAAGGCCAUCUACGAGGCGUCGCAGGGGAAGACGUGGUCCGCCUCAGACCGGCGCUGGAUCCACUACUCCCUACCGGACGAGCUCGAGAGGCUCGACGAGGAGGAGGCGGAGAUGAAGGAGUUUGUCGCGGCGCGCCGGCGCGCGGCGGCGGCGGCGCGGCAGGCGAAGCGUGUCGAGCGGCGCGCGGCCAAGCUGCGGGAACGGGAGGCGGCGGCGGCGCGCGGCGAGGAAGGGGGCGACGCCGGCGGCGAGGCCGGCGAGGCCGGCGCCGCUGCCGGCGACAAGAGCAAGAAGAAGAAGAAGGUGGGCGCGGAGGAGGGCGGCGACAGCUCGGGGGACGACGACGCGGCGCAGGAUUUGGCAUACUACGAGAUCCUGGAGGUGGACCGCGAGGCCGAGGCGGCCGAGAUCAAGCGCUCCUACCUCAGGCUCGCCCGCCGCAUGCACCCCGACAAGAACCCGGACGACCCCGAGGCGCAGCAGAAGUUCCAAAAGCUGGGCGAGGCGUACCAGGUGCUGUCCAACGAGGAAACGCGCGCGCGGUACGACGAGGGCGGCAAGGAGGGCCUCGACGGCGCGCAGCAAGGCAUGAUGGACCCGUCGAUGUUUUACUCCAUCAUCUUCGGCUCGGAGGGCUUCGAGGCCUUCGUGGGCGAGCUGCAGAUUGCCGCGCUGCUGGGCGAGGAGCUCGCCGCGCUGCUCGCGCCGUUUGUCGACGGCGACGAGGCCGAGCGCGCAGCCUUUGUCGAGAGGUGCCGGGAGAAGGCGGCAGAGAUGGCGACGACGCCUUUCGGCGAGCUGCUCACGCACGUGUGCGGCCGCAUGUACUGCUCGCGCGCCAAGCUGCACCUGCAAAAGGCCGACGGCAAGAGCUUGCGUGAUGACCUCGCCGACUACAAGAAGCUGGGAGGCGCGGGCGAGGCGAUGCGCGCGCGCGGCCACGCGGUCAAAACAAACACGCAAGUCUCCUUAGAAGCAGAAGACGAAGUCUUCGAGGCGGAGAACUUUGAUGAUGGAAUGUAG